CUGAUAGAAAGUCGGACAGCGCAAGUUGUGUGAGGACUCAGUUUCAGAAUAACAUUCGCAAACAUGACAUCGAAGGAGGAUAUGGCUAUUUUGAACAGCGUGUUUAACCCUUUAACGCCACUGGGAGAGUGUGCUUUUGAGGACAUUGUAGACGAAGAGUUAAGAGAUGAAGAAGAGUUAACGCCUAUUGUGGAGGCGGCUAAAGAACUUGAGGUAAAUGGAGUAAAAGCUGCAGAAUGUGGAAAAUUAGACGAGGCGAUAGAAGUUUUCAGCAGCGCGAUACAAACAGCGCCAGCCAGACCAUCUGGGUACAACAAUAGAGCUCAAGCUUAUCGGCUCAAAUUCGAUAAUGCAGGUAUUUUGUUUUACUCUGCUCUCAAGGAUUUGAACAGAGCCAUCGAGUUGAGCGGAGGCAAAGGUCGAACAGCGUGUCUUGCCUAUUGUCAGCGAGCUUUUAUCCACCGUUUUCAGAACAGGGAAAAGGAGGCCAUUGCUGAUUUCACGAAAGCCAAAGACCUAGGGAGUGAUUUAGCACGAUCAAUGCUGGUUCAGAUGAAUCCUUAUGCAGCACUCUGUAACCAAAUGCUCCGAAAGGUCAUGCAAGAAUACCAAACAGGAACUAAUCAGUGAGCUGAAGAACCACUGGUACAUUGUCGCUCGCAAAGUGUUGUAAGAAAGUCUCCAACAAUAUAAAUAACUGUUUCAAAAAAAUUAAUCUUUUUAUCAUAUAUAUUUUUUGAUUGCUGAUAUAAAAUCAUCCACACAAAUGAUUUGAGGCAAGAAUGUAUAUUGUUGACUUACUUAAAGCUAUUUUAUUUCUGAUAUUCAACCAACGACUAAAAAUAUUCUGUUUUAACAAAAUCUGCUUUAUCCGAUUUCUCUCUUAAUAGCUUUUCACAAAUAUCCUAAGUUUAAAUUGUAAUCUGAUAUGUGAUUUUUGCUGUUCUGAGAUUUUGCCGUUACAAAAUAUCUUCACUGGUAAACGAAUCAACAGUUCGAAUCUCAUUAUCCUCAAACUAACUGCAGAACCCUUAUUUGUAAGGCAAAUAGGGGUUAGUUCACUUAAAAAAAUCCUUAUAAGAGGAUAAGCUAUAGUCUUAUUUACUUAAGAAAUGCAAAGCUACGUACAUAAAAAUAUAUAUUGCUAAUCAUAACGCAUAUUGUUGAAUCAUCCAUAAUAAUCAUAGAGUUUCAAAAAUUCUAUACUUAAAGGGACGGAGUAUUUACAAUUCUUAACAAUGAAAAGUUUUUUUAGACGUACUGAGCUUGAUUCAAUUUAGUUAUUUAAUGCUCAUACAUUUUGAAAAAGAAUUCGUUUUCAGACACAAUUUAUUUCCUUCGUAGCUAACAAGAGUCAAAGAUAAAAUUUUCAUCAUUAUUCUUGAUCUAGUUAAUUUAGGUCUGUAUAGUGAUCUCAUAAUACUGCAUAUUGUAAUCUUAAAAUAUUAAUUUGCAAUAUCUAACAUUGAAAUCUUACAAGUUGAUAAAAAAUACAGCACGGCCUAAAAAAUGGAUUUUGAACGAAGAAUUCGUUUUAGACGAAAUUCUAAAAUUCCUUAGUGGUUUAGACAUUAUUCUUCAGUGAAUACUUCAUUUAAUCAAUGGAUUAAUCAAGAACACGCUCGUGAAAAAUGUCAAAGCAGAAACAGUUCAAUUAACUCAAAUUUUAUUUAACUAUGGAUUUAUUUAUAUGAAUUACAAAUCGCACCAUUAUUCUAUUAAAAAUCUAUAAUUUUUUUAAAAUGAUAAAAACCAUACAUAAAUAUGAAGUUGUUUAUACAGAGAAUAUGUAGUAUAUAUAUUUUUGGAAUCAAAAUAAGCUACUGCAAAUGAGGAAUAUUGAUAAGCCAAGUUCCAUAAAGAGAAAAGCAGGCCAGUUCUCCUACCAGUCGCCGAUAAGUUUUGUCGGUAAAAAAUGCUUGAAAAUGACGCCUGACAAGACAAUUUAAGGAUUUUUACGUACUUUACGUCACUUUGUUACACAUUUUACUGGCAAUUGGUACCGGUUUUGUCUGGUACGAGAAUUGGGCUGAUUAGCUUUAAAUUGAGGGGUAAAGCAAAACACAAAACUAAUCGGAAAUAAAGUGGCCCACAAGUCUCAACAGCUUUGAACAAUAAAACCAUAUUUUUUAAUUCUU